AUGGAAUAAAGAGAAGUGAAAGAACUAUCGAAUGAGGAGUACAUGAGAUACUCUAGAUAACUUAUAAUGGGAUCAAUCGGUAUCGAAGGAUAGAAAAAGCUAAAGAAUGCUAAAGUGCUCAUUAUUGGGGCAGGUGGUUUAGGAUCUCCAGCAAGCUUCUAUCUCUCAGGAGCAGGAGUUGGGACAAUUGGCUUAGUUGAUGGAGAUAUCGUGGACGAGUCAAAUUUGCAUAGACAAAUCAUUCAUACCGAAGAUAGAGUGGGAAUAAACAAAACUCUAAGUGCUAAGCAAUAAAUCGCUAUGUUCAAUAGGCAUAUUGAUGUAGUAACUUAUCAAACUCACUUAACUCCUGAAAAUGCAAGGGAAAUUGUAUAAGACUGGGACAUUGUCAUGGAUGGAAGUGAUAAUGCUAAAGCCAGAUACCUUAUUAAUGAUAUUUGCAUGAUUCUUAAGAAACCGCUAGUCUCAGGAAGUGCUUUGCAGAUGGAGGGUUAAAUUACAGUGUAUGGCUAUAAUGGAGGUCCAUGCUACAGAUGCAUGUUUCCAGUCCCUCCUCCAGCUCAUACUGUGACUAACUGUGCUGAUGGUGGAGUCUUAGGAGUGGUUCCAGGCAUUAUUGGAAACUUAGAGGCACUAGAAAUCAUCAAGAUUAUUCUUGGCUUCAAAGACGAGCAGAUUUUGACUAAAAGAAUGAUAUUCUUCGAUGCAGCUUCAAUGAGAUUCAGAAAUGUUAAGCUGAGAGAUAGAAAUCCUAGAUGCCAAGUAUGUGGUGAUGAGCCAUCUAUCACAGAUCCCUCACUGAUUGAUUACGACGAUUUCUGCUAGACUAAAUGCAAUAAGUAUGCAUUGAUAUAGAUUCCCUCAGAGAACAACAUUACAGUAGAGGAAUUCUAAAAAGAAUACGAAAGAUUGAAAGAACAGGCUGAUGACAUCGCUUUAGUAGAUGUAAGAGGUAAAAUCUAAUAUGAUAUUGUUUCUCUACCUGGCUCUUUGAAUCUUCCACUUAAGAAGAUGAUGGAAGACCCAGAGUCAAUAAAGAAGUUAACCUAGGAAAAGAAGACAGUCUUCAUUAUGUGCAGAAGAGGUAAUGCCAGCAAGGAGGCAACAGAGUUUAUCUUAAAGAAUCUGGACAUUCAUAACGUCAAAAAUGUUCAAGGAGGUAUCUAAGAAUAUAUAACAAAGAUUGAUCCAUCACUUCCAAUUUAUUGA